AUGGACCCGAGGCCACCACCACCACACCAACCGCCGCCGCCGCCGUCGUCACAGCACCAGCACGGUGUGCCCUUUGCGCGAAACCCAUCGUCGCCCCCCUACGGUCGCUCUCCCUUUCCGCCCGCCGCCGCCGCCAACAACAACAACAACAGCAGCUAUCCUCCUGCCUCGCACCCGCCCUCGCAUCCUACCUCGGCCAGUCCCGCCGCCUAUGGACCAGACCACCAGCGACGGCCCUCCGCAGACGCCCCGACCUACUUCCCGCACCACCACCAGCCUCAGCAGUCCCGAAUGCCGUUCGGCCCCGGCCCCGGCUCCGACCCAGCCUCCCAUCCGGGUCCCUCCCACUCGCGCCAUCAGAGCUCCUCCUCCAUCGGCGCCGGGCCCCUGGGUCGCAAGAUGGGCCCCCCCUCGCCGCCUCCACAACAGCAGAUGGGCCACUACGGCAUGCCGCCUGCCCCGAGGGCCCCUCCGCCCAGCAUCGGGCCACCGGCCGCAUUCCCCUCGGCACGCGAGCUGCCAGCCCUGAAUUCCAUACCGAGGACCGGCAGCACUGGUGGCAGCAUGUCUAUCGCUGGCAUGCUUGGAGCAGGCUUGGGCGCUGCGCCCAGGGAGCCCACGCCCGGCAGCCACCCGUCCGCGCAUGCAGCUCCGUAUCCACCGCCCAGCACGACUCCUGGGUCGGCGGGGCCCGGCCCGGCGUAUGCGGGCUCCAUUCACGCCUCGCCGAGGAUGCAGCACGCUGCCGCCGACUUUGGCCCCUACUCGAGACGGCCACAGACCCCCACCGACCACGCCCGCCCGUACGAUGCCCGCGAUCAGAGAGGGAGCGCCGCAGGUUCUCCCCCGCAAGCCGUGUACGGCACCCCAGAGGUCUUGAGAUAUGGCACGCCCCAGGCACAUCCUGGCAGAGGGCCGCCGCUGGGCCCGGCCGACGAUAGAAGAGAUCAGUCGGGUCGCAUGUCGGCCGGAAGCCUGCCUCCCAGGCCGAGCAGCCAGCCGCGAGCCUACCACGGCCCUGGCAGAUCGCUAGACAUGGGACGGGGCCCUCCCCCGGGGGAGCCCUUCUAUGGGCCCCGCCGAGAGGAACUGCGGCCCGGACAGGCAGAGUACAACCCAGAGGGCCCGCCCCGGGGUAUUCCGUACGACGAACAACGCCGCCUCAUGGAUCGUGAUCGCGAGUACCGGGAACGCAUCGAGAGGGACGCCGAGCUUCGUGAAAGAGACCGCAUCAGCAGGGCCCGUUUUGAGGAGGAGCAGCAUCGUCUCCACCACCAGAGGCCGCCCUUUAUGUCAGAGCGCGAGAGGAUGGAGCAGAUGGAGCGUGAGCGUAUGGAGAGGGACCGCGAGUUCGAGAUGCGCGAGAGAGAGAGGAGAGAGAGGACCUCCUCGGAUCCGAGUCGGCACGGCGGGCGUCCUGGCGACUUUGGGCCUCAAGGGGGUCCUGGCUCGCAGGGUCCUCCGCCCUACGGCCGCGACCCCCGAGAUGCCGCCCCCGGGUGGCAGCUACGUCCAGGGUUCGAGCAACCGCCGCCGAGGCCGUACGACCAGAUAUACGGGCCACGUCCGGGGCCGAACGAGCAUCCUGCAUCGGCCGCCCCACAAUAUGGGGGAUAUCCUGCUCAUUCACAGCCGCCCCCCGACCGGUAUCCUCCCGGUGGGCCUCCACCUCCACACGCCGUGCCCGUGUCCCAGCCAGGCCCAGGGGCGCCUCAGCCGUACGAGUCUCCCGAUCGACAUCGGUUUGCGCACCUACCCCCGCACCAUCACCAGCAGCACCAGCCACCUCAUCGAGGCCGCCCAGGCGACGAGGGGCCACCUCCUCCGUCCGUGGCGUACAACGGCGGAUCUGCCGCCCACCUGGCCGAAUCCUCGCGCCCGGCUCGUCCCAACGACGAUGGCGGACCAACCCCCCCACUGGCUCGCCAGCAAAGUGGAGGCUUCCUGGCCAUCGGGGAGAUCAACCGCAAGGGACGUGUUUCUCCGCUCCCCCAGGCCGUCCAGGGAGCGCAGCCGCAGUCUGUCACCCCCGCGGCCGAGCCGGGCAUCAAGAGCGAAUUCGGCCGCAUGUUUUCCGGCAUAGGAAGCGGUGCGAGCGCGUUCGGUGUCUCGAGUCCAGCGCCCUCGCAUCUCCCCUUUACGAACGCUGGUCUGGCUCGUCGCGAUGAUGCCGAGGCUCCCUCCGAGCCCGCUGCCCCCGAACCACCUGCCAAACCUGCCCGCAAGCGGAACAGGAAGACCAAGGAUGAAGACAGCAAGGGCGACGAUGACAGUUCAGGCAGGCUUACCCCCGUAGGACGCACAAAGCGCGCAAGAACUAACCACGCCCACCAUCACCACCAUCAGUAUGUGACCACGGACUACUCUAUCCGCCAGUCUCAGUAUACUAACAUGGCUACCUCCAGUCAUCACCACCAUCACCACCAUGUCCCGGAGAGAACAGCUUCUCCGCUGCACCCCAACAACACUCCACUCAAGAACAUGAAAUCUAGCACACCGGGUCACUCCCCUACAGGCCUGCCGCUGACUCACAACCAUCAAAUCCCAAGGUCCACCAACAACACAGCUGGUGCAGCAGCGGCCAGGCAGCGAGUGCAAAGUCCAACCAUCGUCCCUAAGCCCAAGAGGACCAUCAGCUCCCAGCGGGUCCUUGACAGUUGUGCCCACAAACCUCGCAAACAUCUCGGGGAUGUGGUUUACUCUGUCUCGCUGUCCAAGGAGAAGUUCACCACGCACUCCAAGGAUGGCUACAGAUCCAACCCGAAACCCUUACCCAUGGAUCUGAUCAAGGACAACGAGAACUCCACUCUCACUGUCAAGGUGCCGAGAGCAAACUUGGACCCGACAGCUCGCGAAGAGAUCACAAAGCGUUGUGCCGUUUGGGGAACGGAUGUCUACACGGACGACAGUGAUGUGAUUGCUGCAUGUAUUCACUCCGGGUGGUUCCGCGGCGAGUGGGGCAGUGAUGUUGAUGUCGCUCUAUUGGAACUGGACAAGCCAACACCGAAAUCCAAGCGUGGAGGUGCCACGGCCAUUGAGAAGAAACCACAGGACGUCUUGCAGGCACCUCCGACCACUGGUCCGAUGCACGUACCUCCGAACCGCGACCUGCACGUCACGAUUCUGAUUCUCCCCUCCCUUGACAUCUACCGCGGUACAACGAUGCAUGGGCUGCGAAGCCGGGACUGGGGCGGCUCUUCUCACGGGCGAAGGAUCACUCAUGAUGGCUUGAGCUUUAAGAUCAUGGAGGUUCGCUGGGUGGACGGCGCAGCCCCACAAAGUCGCCUGCGCGGCAAAGCCCGCCGGGAGCGCAUCAGGAAGGCCAUGAGCGAGGUCCACAGAUCUCAGGUUAUCGAUCUGAGCGGGCCCAAGAAAACGGAACCUCAGGUGUCACAGACGACACCAGCCGUCAAUGGCGAUGGCGAUAAGGAGAACCGCCCCGCCACGAAGGGAACACCGGCAGUAGAUUCUGGAAAGAAGGACGGUGCCUGGGCCUUUGUCCAGAAGAAUGGCCCGGUGGAGAUCACCACCCCCACGCAGGCCACGCAGGCAGUGCGGGAGCCCAGUGAGAACGACGCGCAGCCUAUGGAUACAGAUGACGUCGCACGUGUCGAGGCAAAGACCGCCACAGUUGCCUAA